AUGGAAGAAGAGAGUGAGGAUCUGGGGGAGAGGCGGGGACGCAGUCAGACUAUGAUACGUAAUACGGUAGAAGAAGAGGAGGACGAUGCUGUGUUGUCGAGGAUACCAUCUGUGGCUUGGCCUCCGGGUGUAUUUCCUCCGAGUUCCGAAGCGGGCAAUCGACGUGAUGCAAGGCUUUGGGAUGGGCAGAAGGAGAGUAUCGUUGCAGUCAGUCCCUCUGUCGCGCCAUCUGAUUCCUGGCUCGCGGCGCCCGAUGCCGGGCAGGAAGAGGAGGCGAGAGAGUAUUGGGAUGGCGUGUUAGCCCAUGUGAACGAGGCGGGUGAUGAUGCGCUUCGGGAGAAGAAGCAAGUCCUGGGCUACCCCUCCGACAACAUGGACUACCACCGCAGCAAGAUGCCCGCCCGCAACGAACACAGCGAGCCAACCGAGUUCUCGGAGCGGAAAGCCAACAGAGACAAAGUCAUGCAGGUUUUUAUCAACAGCGUGUACCCCAAGCACAAAGUCGAAGGCGGAUUCUUCGACAACACCGAGGUCUUGAACGAGGAUCGCAGGAAGCGGGCAAUCUGUAUCGACGACCCAGAUGUCGAUGCAUCUCCGCCGCCCACAGAUGACCACUGCGAGUACGUUACGUUGCCGCUGCACGAGCGACUGAGGAACAAGCUGCCUUCGCCAAGCAUCUUCACGUCCUGGACGUACCGGUCAAAGUACCACGAGCUUCGAGCUGUUGAGAUGGCUAGUAUGAGCCAAGAUCUGCCGCUCAAAGACGACUCGCUCAAAGCAAGAGGCAUGCACUACGACAACAACAGAGCGGUGCUCGAGGCGGCGCUGGAGGAAGACAGGAUCUUGAGGAAAGAGCCACAUGUCGUCGAUGCGCUCAGGUGCCACUACGGCCACAACCUCAAGGCACCGGGAAACAUGUCGUGUGGAACGCAUCAUCCGCGAAUGAUAUCCGAUGUCGACACGAUGCAGUACUUGCUCCUCGGGCAGCAGGAGCUGAGACGCGAUAUCGAGCGCCUCGAGUGCGUGAGGCGUGCUGUAGGCACCUCCAUCUCGACGGUGCGUUCACUGCCGACCCGGUACCGUGGGCAAGCCAGCGGAAAGGUCUUGGAAAGAAAGACGCUAGAAGACGAACUUAACGACCUCGCGAAAAAGGCAUUGAUGGUGGACGACGACAUGUCCGAUGUGCCCGUGGAUGAGCCGCUUCCAGUCCAACCUGAGCAGUACCGCACCUCAACCAGCCUCGAUACCAUUGUGGAGAGUCCGCCCAGAGCCCGUAGCUUGAGCAUUGGGACGGCACUCUAUGUGACUGAAGAGUCUACCCCUUUCGUCGAGCAGCCGAGGCCGCGUCAACACGUUACGUCGAGAUCAUCCUCAGUAUACAGCGGCGGUGCUGCAAAGACGAAGAGAAGUGUUUCCAUCCCACCCGCUCUGCCUAGGCAAUCAGAGAACAGCGACGCCGGAGGUGUUCAGCCCCGGGAAAAGGAUCGUGCUUCUCAUAGAAUUAUGCAGAGCAUCCGAUCAUUCCACAACCGCAGUCGGUCACGUCAUGCGUCAUCAUCCGGUAACGAGUCGAGUCGUACCGGAAGACGCGAAGAACGUGGGAGAAGGGAGGGUGUUGUCACCAGUCCGACUCGGCACGACGAGGAGAGAUAUCCCAAACGCCAGAACAUUGUGCAGCAGUGA